GGUCUUGUUUUGGCCAAAAAUAAAGCAAGGUUUGAAAUUUCUGAAUUUAUCUCUAAUGGGUAGCAGAAAACUGGUGCGAGAUUUCUUUCUAUCCAAGCAACUCCUUUCUCUGCAGCUAAAAUCAUACCAGGCUUCGAAUAUGAGGCUGCGAUUGCUCUCUGAAAAUGGACUUUUGGGUUCUCGUGGAUUCAGUGUCUUCAAUGAGUUCUCAAAGAAAGUCAAAGGAGAAGUUAAAAGUAAUAUGGAUUUCCAGCAGUCAGUCAAGGAACUCAAGGAGAAAGCAGGUGAGCUGAAAGAGGUGAAAGAAGAACUAAAAGUCAGAACGAAGCAGACAGCGGAGCAGUUGUACAAGCGUGCAGACAGCGUGUGGGUAGAAGCUGAAUCUACUGCGAAGAAGGUUACUGCCAAUGUAAAGGAGAAGAUUUCAGCUGCCACGGAAGAGGUCAAGGAGAGCCUUGGAAUAAGACAGCAAGAGUCAUCUGGAUCCUCCAACACCUCAGCUAAAUCUGAUUCUGCUGCGAUGGAUGAAGACAGUACUACAUCUGGAAAAGAAAAUUCCCAGCAAUCUGAAUCUGUUGAUGCUAAAGAAUCAUUAUUUGGCAGAUUUAGGUCUGGUGUUUCUUCUGCUUCUCCUAGAGUUUUUGAAGCCUUUCAAAAAUUGAAGGAUGCAAAGGUCAUUGACUUAGCCAAGAAGGGCUAUGACACAGUAAAAGAUGAGUUAAAUGGUAACCCUGCUAAGAGAAGGCACGUGCAAAAUGUAACUUCCUCUACAUCAACAGGAGAACGAAGUACGAGAACUGACAUUGUUGUUGUACCCACAAAGCAGUCAAAGUGGGGUAAGAAGUGGGGAGCAUUUAAAAUGAAGAUGCAAGGUCAUCCUGUAUUCAAGCGCAUAAGUGGGAUCGGUGAGCCUGUUGUAACAAAGGGUCAGGAGUUUGCAGAGGACUUGCGGGAACGUUGGGAAACUAGUGAUCAUCCGGUUGUUCAUAAAAUACAAGAUAUCAAUGAAACAGUUUUUGGAGAAACAACAGCUGCGUUAUGUUUCAAGGAGAUACGUCGUCGAGAUCCCUCUUUUUCUUUACCGGAGUUUGCAGCUGAAGUUCAGGAAAUGAUAAAGCCAACCCUGAAUGCUUAUAUCAAGGGUGACGUGGAAACACUGAAGAAGAACUGUAGUCCUGGAGUGCUUGAACGUUGUAAAGCAGAGCAUAGAGCUUAUGAAAGCCAGGGUAUUUUCUUUGACAAUAAGAUUUUACAUAUAUCUGAGGUGGAAGUUAGAGAGACCAAACUUAUGGGAAGCUCUCCCAUAAUCAUUGUAGCUUUUCAAACACAACAAAUCUACUGUGUGCGAGAUAGACAUGGUUCCAUAACAGAAGGGGGAAAGGAUACAAUUCACACUGUAUACUACGCGUGGGCUAUGCAGCAAAUGGAUGUAGAAGAGCUUGGGGAAGGUGCCUUCUACCCAGUAUGGAGGUUAAGAGAAAUGCAACAACUUGGUGUCCAGGCUCUCAUCUAGUGGUUGUUAUCGUCUUUAACUGACAUGGUUUCUAUUCCUUGGGUUUUUGUUUCCAUCUCCAGGGAAAAUCAUGAUAGUUAUCUUCAAUUUAUGUAGAGGGUAGAAUAAGAACAAUGAGAAAAUUU